CCGCCGGGUGCGCGCAGCAGCCGACCUCUUUUAAACACCCGGCCGCCUCCUGCUCGGUACAGCUGGAGACGCGUCCGAUCCUUUCCUGCUCCGCGCUCCCCUUGGUCUGGUGGGGCUGAGCCGCUCCUCUCCCGCCAAAGAUGCCCCGUUAUGAGUUGGCUUUGAUCCUGAAAGCCAUGCAGAGGCCAGAGACAGCUGCAACACUGAGGCGCACAGUGGAAGCUUUGCUGGAAAGAGGAGCAGUGGUGAGGAAUUUGGAAAACUUGGGAGAAAGAAUGCUGCCAUAUAAGAUAGUAAGGCAUGAUCAGCAUCACCUCAGAGGAGGGUAUUUUUUGGUAGACUUUGAUUCUGCUCCAACGAUUAUUACAAAUCUCAUGGACCAUUUAAAACGGGACAUUGAUAUAAUCAGAUCUACUGUUUUAAGACAUCGUAUAGAGCGGACUGAAGAAUGUAUAGGCAUAAUUCCAGUCAAUUAUAUAGAAGAACUACAGAAGAAGAAAUAACCAAAAGUGAUACUAUAGUAAUAUUAUUACCAUUAAUUCAGACUUUAUCAUAAGCAUGUGUGAAAUGUGGUAUGAUGUUUCAACUAUUAUAGUUUAAUUUUUGGCUACUAUAAAGCCCAUAACCUCUACUCUUAUUUCUGUUAUUUUAAAAAUCAGAAAGCUUUUUCUCCCCUUUUACUGCUUCUCUUAUUUAAAUCUGCUCUGCGCCCAAAAGCUAAUCCUGAUAUUUUUUAGAACUUGUUUUCAAGUAAACAGUUUUAAGAGCAAUUUGUAUCAUUUAGAUAUGGCACUCGUAAAAAAUGUAAAGUGUUAAAUGAAAUGGUUGAGAAUGCAAUGAAAUGUUCAAAAAUCAGUUUUAUAGACCAAUCUGCAUAGUCUGUUCUCUGGCAUAUUGCUUUCUCCAUUCAGCACAGCUAAAAUCUAGUGAAUUUGAGUUCACAGAAGUUUUUAAAAAAUCUAUAUAGCUUUUUAAAAUCCCAACAGUUUUAAAUGUAAUUUUUGUUUUCAAAAUUUUCAACACUUUGUUUUCAAACUACUAUAUUGUUACAUUAUUAUAUUCUUAAAUGUAAUCUCUAUGGACAUAUUGAUUUCUUCUAACAAUAAGUACAUAGCAUUGAUAGUUGAAUCAGUUUCAUCAUCUUACCAGCUUUCAAUGCAUGAAUUGAUUAAAUAAAGUUGUAGCAGUUGCCU